AAAUUUAACAAAUGGCAACCUAUACGACCAGUCGGGUAGUAGUAGUGGUAUCGUAUAUCAGGAUCCGUCAUAUUAUUCGCUGCCCUAUCAGAUAAUUGGCACAAUAUUUCAGGGAAUUAUACUAACAGUCGGCGUUUUGGGAAACAUAAUGGUAGUGAUCGUUGUAUUCAAGACACGCGGUAUGAAAACACCGACCAAUUGCUAUUUGGUUAGUCUAUCGAUAGCCGAUCUGAUUGUUUUGUUGGCCUCAGUUCCGGCCGAAAUUGUGGCCUAUUAUCUGUUGGGCGACAAAUGGAUUUGGGGUCGACUCGGAUGCGCUCUACUAGUGUUCUUCCAAUACUUUGGCAUCAAUGCCUCGUCCCUAUCGAUAACGGCGUUUACCAUCGAAAGGUAUAUAGCCAUCUGUCAUCCGAUGAGGGCCCAGAAGAUCUGUACCGUUCAUCGGGCCAAACGUAUUAUUGCCGGCGUUUGGACAUUUGCCUUUAUCUACUGUAGCCCCUGGCUAUUCCUAACCAAAACUGUUUCCAUCUACUAUAAGGGCCACUCGGAUCUUGAAACGUGUGUCCACUCCAUGUCCCGCAAGUUUUACAAAGGCUACUACUUUGCAGAUAUGAUGCUCUUCUAUGUGCUGCCACUUGUGCUCUCCUGUGUCUUGUAUGCACUGAUUGCUCGCAUACUGUUUCACAACGAGAUCUCACAGAAGUCGUCCAACAAGUCUCGCAAUGGCGACCACACCGGCGGUUCGUCUGACUUCAAAAAGACGUCGGCUAACGAUGCCUCCAGAGUACAGGUCGUCAAAAUGUUGGUGGUUGUGGUGGCCGUGUUUGCAACACUUUGGUUACCCUAUAGGGCAUUAGUGGUCUACAAUUCAUUUGCCGAUCCCGUAUAUAUGGAGUUAUGGUACCUCAUGUUUGCCAAAACCAUGAUAUUUGUUAAUAGUGCAAUCAAUCCGAUAAUAUACAGCGCGUGUUCAAUCAAGUUUCGCCGUGCAUUCAAACGUAUGCUCACGUGUAAGGGCGACGAACAGCGUAAUAACGCGCGAUCGCGUGCCGGCCAUCCGUACACGUCAUCGGCGGUAACGUCGACAAUGCAUAUGUCGCACAACUCUGUCCGACACAACAAUACAUUAUUAACGGUAACCACUUGUGCCGUCAGAAACACAAAGGACAGACACUUCAGUUUUAGUGAAUGUGAACAAAACGUCUGA